AUGAAAAUUGCUGGUAAUGCAGUGCUCGUCUCUUCGGCGCUGUCCCUCGCGACAGGGAAAAAUAGUUCCGGCGAUGGUGGCGGAGAUGGCGAGCAUAGAUUCCAGGAUCAGACCAAGGGUCAGCGUGACCUGUUGACGCAGGUUAUCGUCAGCUGCACUGUUGGGUUUCUUGCAUUUAUGGGCUUUUGUAUUCUUCGACCGAAGUGGAGAGAACUAUAUGCUGCGCGGAGGAGGCUGAGAACGGCUGCGUCAAGAUUGCCUGAAUUGCCGGAUACGUUGUUCGGCUGGAUCCCGAUCGUCCAUAAGAUUUCGGAUGAUGAGGUUCUCGCAUCGGCUGGACUAGAUGCGUUUGUGUUUUUGUCAUUUUAUACGUACGCCAUUAAAUUCUUGAGGGUGGUGUUCUUUUUCACUCUUGCGGUCAUACUCCCGAUACACUAUAUAUAUACGAAAAAAUAUGGCUAUCCUUGGGACAUGCCGGAGGAUCAUAAAGAUGAUCCACAAAAGUCGAAGGCCAACCCGACAUACCUAUGGAUGCAUGUUGUGUUCGCCUAUAUUUUCACCGGCAUUGGCAUAUCUUUUCUCAUCGACCACACGAAUAAAAUCAUCCAGAUCCGCCAGCAAUGGCUAGGUGCCCAAACGACGCUGACGGAUAGGACACUUCGUUUAUCGGGGAUUCCUCCCGAAUUACGCUCCGAGGAAAAGAUUACGCAGUGCAUCGAACAGUUUCAGAUUGGGAAAGUGGAUCAGGUUAUGCUCUGCCGGGACUGGAGCGAGCUGGAUGGCCUGAUGGAAGCGAGGAAGAAUAUUCUCCAGAAAUUGGAGGAAGCAUGGACUAAACAUGUUGGCUAUCGAUGGCAAAGAUCCGAUACCCGGGGAAUCGCCUUACCGCUUGUUCAAACCGACCGGAUGGCAGCAACCUUCGACUCGAACGAAAACAGCGAGCGGUCCCGCCUGCUUUCCGCCGAGGAAUCUGCGCGAGCGCAUGUGUCUAGCUAUAACCUCAAGCGACCCACAACACGCAUCUGGUAUGGCCCGUUAAACCUGCGGUUCAAAACAAUCGACGCAAUUGAUUUCUAUGAGGAAAAGCUGCGGCAACUCGACGAGAGAAUUGAGGAAAUACGCAAAAAGGAAUGUGAGCCUAUACCUCUCGCUUUCGUCACCAUGGAGUCGAUUGCUGCAUGCCAGAUGGCUGUUCAGGCUAUUCUCGACCCUUGGCCCAUGCAACUAGUUGCGAACUUAGCACCUGCUCCUGCAGACGUUGUUUGGCAACACACAUACCUGUCUCGGCGUAGCCGGAUGCUGCGAGGCUGGUCUAUCACAUUGCUCAUUGGGGUACUCACCGUGUUCUGGUCUGUGCUCCUGAUCCCGCUUGCCUACCUGCUCAAUUUAGAGACCAUUGAAAAGGUGAUUCCGAGUCUUGCGGAUUUUCUUUCACGACAUGCCAUAACCAAAUCUCUUGUGCAAACCGGUUUGCCUACCCUCAUUCUCUCCCUAAUGACAAUUGCCGUUCCAUUUAUUUAUGAUUGGCUGGGCAACCUUCAAGGCAUGACAUCUCAGGGAGACGUCGAGUUAUCUCUUAUCUCUAAGAAUUUCUUCUUCACGUUUUUCAACCUCUUCCUCGUCUUCACGGUCUUUGCAACUGCCUCCAACUUCUACCGAUUCUUCGAAAACCUCCGCGAUGUCUUGAGAGAUACGACCACGAUUGCCUUAGCUCUCGCUCGCUCUUUGGAAACACUUGCCCCCUUCUACACCAACCUGAUCGUCCUCCAGGGCUUAGGGCUUUUCCCCUUCCGUCUUCUCGAAUUUGGCAGUGUGUUUCUUUAUCCAUUCCAACGCUUUAGCGCGCGCACACCCCGCGACUACGCCGGGCUCGACAAGCCCCCCACGUUCAGCUACGGCCUUGCGCUCCCACAAACAAUCCUCAUCUUCAUAAUCACUGUCGUGUAUAGUGUCUUCCCCAGCUCGUACAUCGUCUGCCUCUUCGGCCUCAUCUACUUCUCCAUCGGCCGCUUCAUCUACAAAUACCAACUGCUCCUACGCCAUGGAUCACCAGCAACACAGCACCGGCCGCGCAUGGGCCAUGAUUUGCUCCCGCGUCAUUCUAAGGCUCAUCGGCUUCGACUGGCAUCAUCCUGGGAUCGAGAUGCUGUCCCUCUCCGCUUCCGCGGUCAAGACCUUGCGUCCAAGUUGAAGAAGUAUGUCAAUCCAAAUUUGGUCGUGCCUCUUGACGAACCGUGGAUUCCGGGACGGGCAGCCGCGCAUGCGAUUAUUAAUUCUCCUGAUACGGGUGGUGAUACUGUCACCGAAAGUAGUCACGAUGAUAACACUGGUACACGGACGAAUGGGAACAGGAUCCGGAGGGAUAUGGGGCACUAA